AUGAAGCUUCUCUUCAUCUCCAGUUCCAUUCUCGUUCUAUCCAUCAGCAUCUGCUAUCGUGAACCGCUCCUCGACCUCUUCCACAUCUUUGCAAACUACAUCUCUAUACCUACUACUCCCCUCAAAGCUUUCGAAACGACUGCCCCAAUACCAAUACCUCAAGAACCUUCUAUGAGCGCGCUCAACGCCGUCAAGACCACCAUGUCUCAAGCCCUCUCCCACGCCAAAAUCGUCCCCCGCCGGUCUGGCGACCGCGGACACGCAAAUCAUGGAUGGCUAGACUCCUACCACACUUUCAGCUUCGCCAACUACUACGAUCCGCGAUUCCAGAACUUUGGCAGUCUGCGGGUCCUCAAUGAAGACCGCGUCGAUGCCGGUACAGGCUUUCCCACGCAUCCCCACCGCGACGCCGAGAUCUUCUCCUACAUCCUCAGCGGCGAGCUCACGCACCGGGAUAGCAUGAUCAAGAAGGGCGCCGAAGGAAGCCAAGGCGACGAUUUCUUCCGCAUGAAGCGCGGAGACGUGCAGUUUACCACCGGUGGAAGUGGCAUCGCUCACUCCGAGCAAAACGAAUCCGACAAGCAGGUGCACUUCCUCCAAAUCUGGGCCCUCCCCUGGGCCCGUGGCCUCACCCCCAAGUAUCACACCAAGACCUUUAGCGAGGACGCCAAACGCCUCGCCUUCCUCCCCAUUCUGUCCCCGCUCGUCGGCGGCAAGGACGCUACGCCGGCACAGGAGAAAGCCGCCGAAGCCACGCUGCCAGAUACGAUCCCCAUCCACGCGGACUUGGUGAUGGGCGCCGGAAUCAUCCCGGUCGAUAAGCGCUUCCAGUGGACGAUCGGCGCAGGCGCGGUAGCCAAGACGGAGGGACGAAACGUCUAUAUCCACCUGCCCAUGACGAAGAAUGGCAGCUCGAAGAUUAGGAUCGAUGGCCGCGAGGAUGCCGUGUUGCGCGAGGGCGAUGGAGCGUUUAUCAGUGGUGUGAACGCGGGGGAUGUGUUGAGCGUGGAGAGUGUGGGCGAGGCAGAGGCUGAGGUUGUAAUUUUGGAUAGCGACUAA